GCAGGAAAUACAGACACAAUAGGAAAGCACUAAUGCUAAACCUUUUCAGACCUUUCAAGCAACAGGGAUAGCAGUGAUCACUGCUCAAGGGAAGCCACCAUUUGCAACAAAAGCAUCAUCCUUCCAUCCCUGAAACAACCCAAGGAUCCAUUAUCCUCACCCACUUGGUAGAGAUGUCUACAGCCAAAUUUGGAGUGACUGUCCAAUCAUAGAGAAGAUGGAAAAAAGGACAUGUGCCCUGUGCCCUGAAGGCCAUGAGUGGAGUCAAAUAUACUUUUCACCAUCAGCGAAUAUAGUUGCUCAUGAAAACUGUUUGCUGUAUUCAUCAGGACUGGUGGAGUGUGAGGCUCCUGAUCUACCUAAUACAGUUAGAAACUUUGAUGUCAAAUCUGUAAAGAAAGAGAUCGGGAGAGGAAGAAGAUUGAAAUGCUCAUUUUGUAAAAACAAAGGAGCCACCAUGGGAUAUGAUUUACAGUCCUGCACCAAGAAUUACCACUUAUCCUGUGCCAUGGAAGACCACGCAAUUCUACAAGUUGAUGAAGAUCAUGGCACUUACAAAUUAUUUUGUCAAAAACAUGCUCCAGAGGGUCAAGAACCCACACAACGUGAUGCAGCUGUCAAAGCUCCUUUCCUUAAGAAAUGCCAGGAAGCAGGACUUCUUAAUGUUUUACUUGAAUACAUACUAGAAAAAAUGGAUUUGAUUCAUGGAAGACUCCUGAAUGAGACUGCCUCAGAGUCAGACUAUGAAGGGAUCGAGACCUUACUGUUUGGCUGUGGAUUGUUUGGAGACACACUAAGAAAAUUCCAAGAAGUAAUCAAUAGUAAAGCUUGUGAAUGGGAAGAAAGGCAAAGGCUGAUGAAGCAGCAGCUUGAGGCACUUGCAGACUUACAACAAAACUUGUGCUCAUUUCAAGAAAAUGGGGACCUGGACUGCUCAAGUUCUACAUCAGGAUCCUUGCUACCUCCUGAGGACCACCAGGUCAGAUGCCAGGAGUCUCCUGAAGUGCAAGCAGGCUCAGGAGAUAGCCUGUGACAGAUCCACAGUGUCCUCCAACUCUGACCUGCUACUGCUCAUCCAUGCUCCAUACCUGACUGGGUGUUUCUUGUCUCCUCUCUUCUCAUCUCACUUGUCCUGCUUUCCCCUGAUAGUAAAAGCUGCUCCUCAGGAAAACUGGAUGGGGCCUCCAUGUUCUCCAAGGAUCGAGGAAGUCUUCCUGCCUACCCUGCCCACCCCAGUCAAGGGCAGCAACACCAGAGCUUUGCUCAGCCUUAAAUGGAAUCUUAGAGCUUUCUCUUGCUUCUGCUGCUCCUACAGAUGGCCUCAUCAUGGUCUCCACUCAGUAUUAAUAACUCCAUCAGCAUAGAGCAAACUCAACACUGUGCAUUGCACACUGAUACCCUGGGUUUAUGCUCACUAUCAUACCAGAUUGCCAAUAUUUAGCACACUUAAUAAAUGCUUGUCAAAACCA